AUGGCGUCCGCCGGCGAUAGCGGCAUCCCAGGAACCUCGUCGGUGUCAGGGCAGUGGUCAGGCCUGCAUAGCGAUCUCCUCCGCAUGGUCUACUCCAGGCUCGUCGCCCCGCUCGACCGCGCACGCUUCGACGCUGUGUGCACAGCAUGGCGUGCCGCGCCACGACAUGUUCUCCCGUGGCUCAUCCUCGACCCACGCGGCACCGGCGCCGAGACCAUGGUCGUGUACUGCCCCAAGGAGGGCGUGGUCCUGCCGCACCUCCCCCUCCCGACCAAGGCCAUAGCCCAUAGGCAGGUGCUUCGUCGCGUUGAUCCUCCGUUGAUCUUGAAGAAGAUCAUCUUCUCUGAGCAGCCGACCUCAAGUGGUUGCAUUGUCGCUGCCAUCACCGAUAAGCACGAGCUCGCUUUCUGCAGAGUUGGGUGCUCGGAGGCCGGCUGGACGACGCAAGGAUUUCUUGGGGGUGAUGGUCUCAUGGAUAUUGCCUUUUGCAAUGCCGAGCUCUACGGCAUCACACGAUACACCAAGCAGCUCGUCAAGUUUGACCUUGGCUUGAACAAAUAUGGUGCGUUUGUGAUCGUACGCAUCCACUGGUUGUGCGCACUAAACAACUAUUGGGAGAAUCCGAAUGAGCACAUGAGUUACAUUGUUGACCUACUUGGCAAGCUUGUGAUAGUGAUAAAGAACUAUCGGUGGUGGUCGCGCCACUUGCAUAACAUCUGUGGUCCGUGCGUCACGGUGCUUGAGCUAGUCUGCACCGGCUUACGUACAAGCCCUCACGACUACAAGUGGGUGGAGCUGAAUAGCUUAGGAGACUACGCGCUAUUCUUGGGGCUAACAUGCUCCAAAGCAGUGCCUGUGCCGGCAUGCGGGAGUGGCGACGUGCAGAGGAACCAUAUUUACUUCUCCCACCAUCGUUGCUUACGGCUCUUGACGAGAUCAAACAGUGAUGGCUGUGUAUAUGACAAGCAAGUCGAAAGUGUCACCGAUGGUGUAGAAGGCAUCAUGUCGACAGGUUACUACGCGAUGGGUGACGUUUGUCCUCCCAUGUGGAUUUUACCUCCGAUAUCAAACUAG